AUGGGCUCCGCCGCGCCGCCGCAGCGCCCGCUAGCGGCAGCGGCAGGCGGGCUGAAGGGCUCCCCUCAGGAGUCCGGCUGCCCUCAGCGCUGCCCCCUCCCCGCCCACCAUUGCACAGCGAUUGUUAGGGGCUGUUCGCGGGGAGCCUCGUUUGUCCGUUUGCGUGUGGGGUUUUUUAGGGUUUUUUUCACAUUUUCUCGCAGCCCCCUAACCCCAGGGACCAACAGAGACGGGGAAGUUUCUAAAAUUGCAUCAUUCCACAGAACGCCUCCGGAGAGCACCUUGGCGGGGAAGGCGGCGCAGCUGUCACCGGUACGGGAUAAUUGGGAUCAGCGGGAUAAUUGGGAUCAGCAGAGACUCGGGAGUCACGCACGGGCUGCACCCCGGCAGUUCCGGCGCUGCCUGAGUCACCCGGCCGUGCCCUCGGCAUCGCCCCGAGCCCGCCCGAGGAACCGCAAGAGAUGGCAACAGCAGCCCAGAAAGCACUUUCAGCAUGUAGCAGCAGUACUACAUGAGUUAGCGUGGAACCUUAUGACAUACUUAUGUGACAUAAUUGCAUGUGACCAUCACCUGAAUACACAAUGUGCCACCAGCCAAGCUCUCAAGUUGUCAUAUGCAAAUCUACAGUCAAAGAAUAUCAGCUCUGGAUAAUGAAGCAUUUGGUGAAUUAUUUCAAAGCUAAGGGUAAGAAAUCCUCCUCUCUGACUCUGUGGCACUUCUACACAUUUUGCCCUCAGUUUGAUAGUGGCAAUAUGGAAGCCAUGCUUCUUCCCAGAGGGACCAUCAUGCAUAGCUUGGAAAGGAAAACUGCUUCUUGUGAAGGAUCAUCUUCUGAAUGACUUUAUGAUCUGGGUGUUACAGCCAGUCACUCACUAGGAAGCUCACCACUUGGGUAAAUGGGUAAGAUUGACUGAUUUUCCCAGAAAUGCAGAUGUAAGGAAAAGGAGAACUGACUAUAAUUUUGAAAUGUAAAAAAAUUAAGUAAAUUUAAGUAUGCAUUAAAAACACACUCAGACUUCAACUCCAGCAUUUAUUAAAUAAAUAUGGGAAAUUUGAAUUGUUUUGCAAACCAAAAUAUCUAAAAAUUAUAUUUGUCUUUUUCUAGUGUUUAGUUAAAAUUUAUUAAAAUUAGGAACCUGUCUCUGUGUUCACAAUAAUCAAAUUGUUCAUAUGAGAUCAAGGUGACAAAUUAAACGUGCUAGAAUAUUCUUAACAAAAUCUAAAACAACUAACAUCAUGAAACAGCUAUGGACAUACUG